AUGGAGAUACAGCGGCCGUACCACCACGACAGACGGCCGCCCAGGUUCCAUCCGGGGCCUCCUGGUGCCGCUGCGGCUGCUGGUGUGCCUCACGUGGACGGGGGCGAUGUGGGUGAGGCGAGCGGGCCGUCUUUAUCCGCUGCUGGUGGUGGUGGUGUGGCACCUCGGCGUGAGGACACCAUGCUGCCAUCAUCACACACGUGCUUCUUCCAGGUGCGGACACCUGCACCGCACGGGCAUUCAUCACACCGGCUGGCUGAGUAUGUGUGUGUGCUAUGUGUACCUCUGUGUGCCAGGUUGACCUGCCGGCGUACUCGAGUGCGGCCAUCUUGCGGCAGAAGUUGCUGUACGCCAUCACAGAGGGCAUAGCCAUCGAUGCAGGUGGGGGGGUGUCAUUAGUGAAUGCCCGGCCAGAGGAGGGAAAGAGACACACACUUUCUCUCUCUCUCCCUCUCUCUGUGUCCACCACGCAGACCAUGCCGCCCAGGACAUCAAUUGGGAGAACGUCACUUAGCCGACAGACAGACAGACAGACGGACGGAACGGCCAAGUGCAUGAUACGGUAUUUGUGUCUGUCGACCGAUGCCCCCCCUGCGCCAUAGUACGCUACAUGUAGCUCACAUAUAGCUACAUAGGUAGCGCGUCGACGUUUGUGUAGGUGUAGGGUGGGUGGGCUGGAGGGCGACGGAGCGUUGUUUCUAUGUUAUGUGUGUACAUUACAUUCAUUAGGGUGAGCGGACGGGCACCUGCCUGCCUGCCUGCCUGGUUGCCUGGUUGCUGCGUGCCGUCUCAGGGGUAUAUCUAUCUCCCCACCUUCUUGCAGGCUUAGCUGCCCGUCUAUCCGACCAUCCAUCCAUCCAUCCAUGAAUCAGUAUACUUGCUGCUGUGUGUCUAUUUAUCGCACUCGGAUGGAUGGAUGGAGGCCUUUAAUGCCUGCCUGCAUUGCAUGCCAAAGCGUUUUUGAAACCCCGGUCUGGUUGGCCUCAGUGUGUGUCUGGUGAGAUGAGAUGAGGUGAGGUCUGGAUGGACCCAAUCAUAUCAUGUCUACGUGAUGUCUGUACGUUGGCGUGUCUGUCUGUCUGUCUGUCUGAGU